CUUCCUCCCCUCAUUCUCUUGCAACACAACAUCAUUAGCUCCUCCAACUAUCUGCCUCUCCUGCAUUCUUGUCUCAGCGCUGUGUCGGCUCCUGCAACGCUGCUUCUAACUUCUUUGUCUGUGAAACGUGUGUGCCGGUUCGAUCGAAUGGCUUCUUCAAAACUACAAGCCUUCUGGAAUCACCCUGCUGGCCCCAAAACCAUUCAUUUCUGGGCUCCAACAUUUAAAUGGGGAAUCAGCAUAGCAAACGUUGCCGACUUUGCUAAGCCUCAUGAAAAGAUAUCCUAUCCACAGCAAGUAGUUAUUGCUUGCACUGGAAUUAUUUGGUCACGCUAUAGCAUGGUUAUCACACCGAGAAACUGGAACCUUUUCAGCGUUAGCGUUGCGAUGUCCGGUACAGGCCUAUACCAGCUUUCUCGUAAAAUAAGGAAAGAUUACUUCUCGGGUGCUGAAAAGGAGGCCGUUGCUGCAUCACUGGAACUGGAAGUAUAGCAACGGCGACCGACUCGACUUAAUAAUCGACUGAAUAGGGUGCCUGGUGCCUUGGAGUCGGUUUCAGAUUCACUCUGGUCCGUGGAAUCCCAAUCUUUCGUUCCAUGUCAAAAUACAUUUAUUUCUCGCUCGAUCACACCGGUGGGCAGGCAAGCCAAAGUAUUAUGAAAAAUCCAUGCAAGUUAAUAAUCGUGUAUGCAGCAUUAUAUCGUGUGCAAAAAACCAAAUUUUUGACACAGAUUAAAUACACGAACCGCAUGGCCGCCUUUUAUCUUGUUAUAUCCAAUAUGUUGUUUCUGCAAGAAACCUGAACUACAGGUUAUCUAGGUUGAUUUUGUUCAUAUAUAUAAGAUCGGAGACGUGUGUACCUCUAGUCCCACAUUCCUAUGGCCAACGCAUGUACUGAGGCAU